AGAUUGAUACAGACUUAUAAAAAUUGUAUCUGGCAUCCCUGCCGAGCAGCACAUCCAGUUUUAGCAGCCCUGGCCUGGCGAGGAGUUCGGAUUGCGACGGACUCGGUCUUGGACGUGUCUGAUUUGGACCGCAAUUUUAUUGCAUUGAAGAAGAGGCUACCAGUGCUGGAAAAGUGAAAAAUUGUUAGAAUAUUCCAGAGUGCAUUGGUUGACGAGCGGGAUUUGGGAAUAAGCCAUCGGAUUACACAAAAAUACAUCGGAAUCGGACCUCACGAGUGAGAUACGAACUCGCAAGGAAUGCGCAAAGAAGCAAAAGGAGGAACGAAAAGUAGGUUCGAGAAAAGCAAGAUGAAUGGAAAUAGUUUGAGCUAAAUAAGGAAGAAAUUCGUGUUUGACGAAUCAGAGAAAGGGGCGCUUAGUACGUUGUGUUGAUUCAUACUGUUGGGAGUGUUUUCAUAAUAGUUGAUAAAUUAUUGUUGCCCAGUGCGUCGUAUUAUAUUGAUGAAUGUGUAGAUUGUCGAAAUCAAUUUUCGCCUAAAAUACGGGAAGAUAAAGUGCAACGGCUGUAUUGUGUACGUAGUGGACGGCGAAGUGAAGUGGAAUAAAGCAAAUCCAGUCAUUCCGAAGAGUCUCGGCAGGUUCACGUGAAGAUCGGGGUGUGAAAGAGGCAAAAGGGCGAACGACAGAGUGGAGCCAGAAUUAAUAUCAACAAUAAGAGCAAAGCGAUAUAUUCUCUAGAGUGGUGGCAGCUAAAAAUAAGGAAUGUAAAUUUGGAGCAGCCUGUUGUUCCUGGGCCUGCUGGCAAAUUAUGAUUGUGCGGAAAGGAAGAAACCUUCACUUAAACUGAAGGCAAGGCUGACCAGCGUCGUCGUGUAUUUAUUCCGGGCAGCCUAGUGUGACGGACCGUGUUUACUCUGGAUCAGCCAACGGAGGCGACAUGUUGGCACCGGGAAUACGGGUCGUCCGAGGACCCAACUGGAUCUGGCAGAAACAAGAUGACGGUGAAGGACACGUGGGAACAUUGUGCGAAAUAGGACGAUCCGGAUCGACGCAUUCACCGGAGAAAACAGUGGUAGUGAACUGGGAUUCCGGUCAUCGGACCAACUAUCGGGUCGGUUAUCAGAAACAGUACGAUCUAAUUGUAGUGGACAAUGCGCAAAUCUGUGUGAAACAUCCGAACAUCAUCUGCGACGGGUGUAACAAGCCAGGAAUCGCCGGUAUCCGGUUCCGAUGUGCGGACUGUUCCAAUUAUGACCUCUGUGCCAUAUGCUACGGAAACGACGUACACGAUCUAGAGCACUCGUUCAUCCGAUAUCAAACGGCGAAUUCCGUUGGAGUUCGUGUUCCGCCACGCAAGGGUGCACUUAAGGUACAGCUGAAGGGAAUUUUUGUCGGAGCACGCGUCGUCCGGGGGCCGGACUGGGAAUGGAAUAACCAAGACGGCGGUCCAAACAAAACCGGGCGUGUUAUGGAAAUUCGUGGCUGGGAUAACGAAUCUUGUCGAAGCGUAGCGAGUGUAACUUGGGCGUCCGGAUCUACGAACGUGUACCGGCUAGGUCACAAGGGAAACGUGGAUCUGCGCUACGUGCAGCCAGCCGUUGGAGGAUACUAUUAUAAAGAUCACAUGCCGGUUUUAGGGCAACCGGAGGAGCAGCAACCGGUUUCGCCGCCUGUUCGCUCGCACUUCAAUGUCGGAGAUCGGAUCCAGGUGGCCAUCCCGGAAGAAAGACUCAUGGCACUGCAGCAGGGCCACGGAGGCUGGAAUCCGCGGAUGGCCGAGUAUCUGUCGAAGAUAGGCAUUGUACAUAGGAUCACGGAGAAGGGUGAUAUUCGGGUUCAGUAUGAGGGUUGCGCCAACCGGUGGACGUUUCAUCCGGCGGCCCUCAUCAGGAUCUAUAGUUUUAAUGUAGGAGACAUUGUAACGUUCAUCACGGAUGCGGUCAAAAUGCAGCAACUGCAGAAAGGCCACGGCGAAUGGGUGGAAACGAUGCACAACGUGCUCGGGAAGUCAGGAAAGGUGAUCAAAAUCUACGGGGAUGGUGAUCUGAGGGUGCAGCAGUUGGAUGAUGAUUUAGCCUGGACGGUGAAUCCAAAGUGUGUCAAAUUGGAGCGUUCGUUGAUAUCGCAGGCGACGGCAACCGAACGAUCCAACAGUAUGAUGGAUUUGAGCAAUCAGCGCACCAACGAGCACCAUAUAGCGCCCCUAUCGGGACUAUCCGGAACGUCGGCUGCCGACAGGCUUGUUAGAGAGGCUGCCCAAGGCAAUAUGGAUUUCGUGCAAAAUUAUCUCAGUGCCAAUCCGGAAGAAGUGGACUGCGUCAGCGGGGGGAAAACAUGCCUCCAGGUGGCGGCCCACCAGGGCCAUGUCGAUCUGGUCAAGCACCUGCUGGCACUCGGUGCCAACGUGAACGUCGUGGACAAGGAGGGUGACUCGACGCUUCACUACGCGGCAUUCGGAAACCAGCCGGACAUUAUGCGCAUACUGUUGCAGCACAAUGCCAACAUCGACGUGCUGAACGCUUCGCACUGCUCAGCGUUGCACAUUUCGGCCCACAAGAAACCUCCACACUGUGUCAAGGUUUUACUGGAGUUUGAGGCGAACGUCAAUGUGCAGGAUGCUUACGGUGAUACGGCAUUGCACGAUGCGAUAGGCAAAGAGAACACCGAGGUCGUGGAACUAUUGUGUGCAUGUUCCACUUUGGACUUGACCAUAAGAAACAAACGAGGAUUCAAUGCGCUGCACCAUGCUUCGCUGAAGGGUAAUGUUCACGCUGCGCGUAAUAUCAUUCGGCUAGCGCGGCAGUUGGUCAAUGUUCGAAAAGAUGACGGAUUUUCAGCCUUGCAUCUAGCAGCACUGAAUGGACAUUCGAAAGUGGUCGAUGUUUUGGUAAAGGAGGGACAAGCUGAUAUUAAUAUAAGAAACAACCGGAGACAAACGCCAUUUUUGCUGGCUGUUUCCCAAGGUCAUACUGCUGCUAUUGAAAAAUUGGUUGAAUUAAAGUGUGACAUUGCUGCUAAAGACGAAGAUGGUGACAAUGCAAUGCAUUUGUGUAUCAUUAAGAAGGCGAAUCUUGUGCAGGAUGUUACGGUAACGGAUUCUCCCAUGAUUUUCGAAAUGUAUCAAUCUUUGGCGCCGAUUGUUAGUGAAAAUCGUUUGAUGUAUGCACUGUUGUGCUUUCUAGCGAAAGAAGGAUGCCCCUUGGAAGUAAAUUAUAAAGGCGCAAGAGUGUUAGAUUGGAUUCCUAGUCAACAAAUAAAGGAUAUUAUAAUUGGAUAUGAGAGAGCUAGAAUUGCUAGAGAGAAAGCUGCAAGUGCAGGUCCGCCUGCUACCGAUCGAUCGUUGAACAACUCUCGAGAGGAAGAUGAUGAUCCUCCUAUAAUUCAGAUGAAUUCCAACUUGGAGGCAAUGAGUCUGGCUGCUAAUAAUUUAGAUGAAAGCGAAGGCAACAAUUCGAUUGUGCUACACGAAGGAGCUGCAAGUCCUGGGACCAGUGGAUUAGGGCAAUCAAAUCCGCCAACUCCGGCCCGCAGAAAUCGCGGGCACAAUCGAGAGGCUGCCGGUGUAACUCCGCCGCCCAUUCCAAGUCAUCAUCCGAACGUGGUACAAGAGGAAGACUCCAAACGAAUGAACAAUGAGCCAUCAGUCCCGAGUGAAGCAUCUGGUCCCAGUGUUACUCCUUUAGAUAGUCCAGCACGUUUCCAAUCACCAAAUAGAGCCUUAUCGCCUAUCAUGGCGGGCACACCCGAGUCUGGCGGUGGUAGUUCUUCCAAGCAUAUCAGCCGACGACAAUACUCCGAGAAGAAUCCAACUGCUUCCCCAGUGGCAGUUCUGUCUACAAGUCCGCCGGUAAUCACCAACCUCCCUCAGGAAUGUAUCGUCUGCAACGAACUAAUGCUGUUAAUUAUCUUCGACCCAUGUCAGCAUCAAAUUACUUGCGAAGAAUGUGGUAUUCGUAUGAAAAAGUGCUUGUCCUGUGGUGUGUACAUAGAACGACGCGUUACUAUCAACGGAAAACAGUUGUUCAAUCCGAAAGACAAUCGCCAACCAUCCGCUGAUCGACUCCGCUACCUCGAAAGUAAGAUAAUGGAAAUCGAAGAAACACAUUGCUGUAGCAUCUGCAUGGAACGACGUCGUAAUGUGGCCUUCCUGUGUGGACACGGAGCUUGUUCGAAAUGCGCAGAAACGCUCAAGAUUUGUCACAUGUGCCGCAAAACGAUAACUAAAAAAAUCAAUCUAUACUAAAUGUGUUUUACUGUCAACUCCGACCGCGGUUUUUUUCCGGUUCAACCGCGAUGUUACCAAAAAUUACGAAGCGUUUUACUACAGCCACUCUAUCUUAUCUUUCUCCUCUUUUAACAUUCUGUGCUUCUGUGAAUGUCAUCCUUAUGGUAUGAAAAAAAAAUCCGUGAUCUGCUGUUAAUAUCGACCCAACAUGUCUUUUCUUGAGUCGAUUUUCUACUUGUUCUGCACUAUGUUUCAGCACCAUAUAACGUCACCCGUGUAAUCCGAGUUGUACAACACUUUUUCGCUAAGAGUAGAUAGUAUUUUCCUAAUUGAAACAUUUCCUUUCUCGCUACCAAAAAAAUAAAUAAAUCACCACUAAAUCUAAGUGUAAAUAAGCUGAAUUGUAACAAAAAAUAAGUGUAUUUAUGUGCAUGUUCUUCCAAAAUGCUCUGACCGUGGAAAACUCUAAGCCAACAUGGAUAUGCGGAAGGCUAAUUUUAGUAAUAAACGAACCGAACUAUUA